UCCGAUCUAAUCCGAAAUGUCCCUUGAAGAGAGACUAUCAAGUUGUGACGCCGUCCAAUAGAGUUCGCUUAACCUUUACCGAUUCGAAUAUUUCGAAAUUUCGAAUCAAUCGCUCGAACGUCCGGAACAUGAGACAGCCCGCGUACUUACAGUUAAAAGUGACCGUGAUUUAUUAAAACGAAUACGUUUUUACGUAGAAAAUCAAACGAACGAUGUAAGAUAAUCACAAAUAUACGUAUUACACAAACGCGUAAUUUUUGUUACGUGUCGUGCUAUGUACAGUGCGGUAUCUAAUUCUUAACCUAUAUCUUUUCGUUGUAUUAAAUUAAGUUUGGUUAUGUUGUGGAUAUCAAAAGAUUAAACGAAGUCAACAUGGACAAUCAAAACGGUGCGAGCGUUAAAAGCAAUAAUCCUGCUCCGACAGUCGAGCAGAUCAAUGCUGACCGAAUAACUCAGCUUGCAAAUAAAUAUUGGGCACCUCACACAACGGACUCGCAUCUUCCAUUUAAUCCUCAAAUAGUAGAAGAUAUUUAUGUUCAGGAAAUUUGUGCAUCUAAAUUUUCUAUUCGGAGAAUCAUGAUGUUAGAAUUUAGUCAAUAUUUAGAGAACUUUCUGUGGCCAAAUUAUAACGCGAACAAUGCAACUCGUGCUCAUACUAUGUCCAUCGUUGUUAUGGUCAAUGAAAAAUUUCGCGAACGUGUUCAGGUUUGGGAAGCGUUUGAAAAAAAUCAAGAACAUUUUCCAGAGUUCUUUCAAAAUGUUUUAGAAGCGUGUCUUGAAGAUAGUAUAAUGGAUUUUGACCUAAAAGAACAAACAGCGUUAAUCGUAUUUUUGAAUCAUUGCUUUAAUUCCAUGGAGGUGUCGUUGGUUCGAGAAGAAGUAAAAAGAUUAGUGUCGUUAUCUAUGUGGAUUUCGCUGCAGCAAGGACGUAGAGAAUUGGAGUUUAGAAAAUAUCCAAAGUGGAGGAAAUACUGGAAAGUUAUAAGGAAGAAGGACAAUCCCGAAUGCAAAGAGAAGCUAGAAUGGGAACGUAAAUUCUUACACAGGCUAAUGAUUAAAUUUAUGACAAUAUUGGAAACAAUUUCAGAAGAAGGACCACUUUUACCAGACAAGGUACGAUAUUGCGAAAGAUUCCUUGAACUGGUAAUAGAUUUGGAAGCUUUAUUGCCAACCAGACGAUUUUUCAAUACUGUUAUGGAUGAUUGUCAUUUGGUGGUGCGAUGUCAGUUAUCUAAUUUAUUAUCUCGUCCCGAAGGUGGAUUGUUUGGACAGCUGCUGGAAAUGCUAAAAUUUUACGCCAGAUUCGAAAUCAACGAGGAAAGUGGCGAUCCUCUCACGGAUCACGAUAUGACACAGUUGCACUAUACCAAGAUCACGUCGCUUCAGAAAGCUGUGUUCGCAAAAUUCCCGGAUCUACGAAGCUUCGCGUUGACGAACGUGGCGAGCGUCGAUACAAGAGAAGCGCUUUACAAACAUUUCGGCUCGCUCAGCCGAGAGAAAUUGAGAUCGAUCGCGAGUUAUCUCAGCUUGGUGCCGUCCGAGGAACGAGAAAAGGAUGAAAAUUGGUAUAGAUACGACAUAGAAUUUCUUCAAGAACUCUUGAUAUCGCGCCACGAGCGCAGAGCUUCUCAGCUGGAAGAGUUGAACGAAAUGCCGCUUUAUCCAACGGAAGAGAUCAUCUGGAACGAAAGUAUCGUGCCGACGGAGUACUUUUCUGGCGAAGGUUGCUUAGCCCUGCCAAAAUUAAAUUUGCAAUUCCUUACUCUGCACGAUUACUUGCUGAGGAAUUUUAAUCUGUUCCGCCUGGAGUCGACCUAUGAGAUACGCCAGGACAUCGAGGAUGCAGUAAGCAGAUUGAGUCCUUGGCGGGCCGAAGAUGGUGGUGUUUACUUUGGUGGCUGGGCCAGGAUGGCUCAACCCAUCACUCAGUUUGCUGUAGUCGAAGUGGCAAAGCCUAAUAUCGGCGAGAAAAGGCCGUCGAGGGUACGCGCUGAUGUUACGAUAAAUUUAAGCGUCCGCAAAGAAAUCAAAUCCGAAUGGGAGAACCUUCGAAAGCACGAUGUAUGUUUUCUCAUUACGGUCAAGCCCCAGAAUCCAAUCGGCACCAAAUACAGUCACAAGUUGCCUUUCGUGCCACAAGUUGGACUGACAACUGUCCGGGGAUGCGAGGUCGAAGGUAUGCUAGACUCGAAUGGCAGAGUGAUCGAAGAUGGUCCUGAACCACGACCUAUUCUACCUGGAGACACUCGAACGUACAGAGUCUGGCUAGAUUCCAAUCAGUAUCGAAUCGACAUGGACAAUGCUAGUCACGGUGGCGAGGAUGUAUACGAAGGAUUUAACAUUAUAAUGAGACGCAAGCCAAAAGAGAACAACUUUAAGGCGGUCCUGGAAACGAUCAGAGAGCUCAUGAAUACAGAAUGCGUCGUCCCUGAUUGGCUUCAUGAUAUAAUUCUUGGAUAUGGUGAUCCUGGUGCAGCUCGUUACUCUAGAAUGCCAAAUGAAAUCGCAACAAUGGAUUUCAACGAUACGUUUCUUGAAAUAGAUCAUUUGAGGGGUAGUUUCCCUCAGUAUGAGAGCCUAGUUGCUACCGAUAAUGGGAAAAAGCUAGUUCGGCCUUUCCGCCUGAUAUUUGAAGAUGUCCUUGCUAAACACGAUAACGAACCAAAAAAGAAAGUCAUCAAAGUUGAACCACACGUGCCGCCUAGUCGAGGCCCUUACAAAGCUAACGAACCAAAAAAGAAUCAAAUUCCGUUUACGCCAACGCAAGUCGAAGCCAUUCGUGCCGGUAUGCAACCAGGCUUGACACUCGUCGUGGGUCCUCCCGGUACUGGUAAAACGGACGUUGCUGUUCAGAUCAUUUCAAAUCUUUAUCAUAACUUUCCCAAUCAGAGGACACUUAUAGUUACGCACUCCAAUCAAGCACUGAAUCAACUUUUUGAAAAGAUCAUGGCACUCGAUAUUGACGAGAGACAUUUGCUGCGUCUUGGUCACGGAGAAGAGGCAUUAGAAACCGAAAAAGAUUUCAGUAGAUACGGAAGAGUUAACUAUGUCUUGGCCAAGCGACUGGAUCUUUUAAUGGAAGUUCAAAGACUGCAGGAAUCGUUAAAUGUAAAAGGUGACGUAGCAUACACUUGCGAAACGGCAGGACAUUUCUUUAUGUAUCAAAUAUUAACAAGAUGGGAACGUUUUGAAUCUCGAAUAAAACAAAGGCAGGGUACUGGAAAAGGACUACCGUCCGCGUUUAUCGUUGACGAGGAAUUUCCAUUUCAUAAAUUCUUCGAUAAUGCACCACAGCCAUUAUUUAAGCGCAAUACGUUUGUAGAAGAUCUCGAGAUAGCGCGUAGCUGUUUUCGGUACGUAGAAAGGAUAUUCGCACAGCUGGAAGAAUUUAGGGCUUUCGAAUUAUUGCGAUCCGGUUUAGAUAGGUCAAAAUAUUUAUUGGUCAAAGAAGCAAAAGUGAUUGCUAUGACUUGUACUCAUGCCGCGCUUAAAAGGCGCGAGCUCGUAGACAUGGGCUUCAAAUAUGACAACAUACUCAUGGAAGAAUCUGCUCAAAUUCUGGAAAUAGAAACUUUCAUACCGUUGUUGCUGCAAAAUCCACAAGACGGAUACAAUCGAUUGAAACGUUGGAUAAUGAUAGGGGAUCACCAUCAACUGCCACCAGUUAUCAAAAACAUGGCUUUCCAAAAAUAUUCAAACAUGGAGCAAUCCCUGUUCGCAAGGUUCGUUCGGUUGGGCGUGCCCACGGUCGAUCUUGAUGGUCAAGGUCGUGCCAGACCCAGCAUUUGUAAUCUUUACAAUUGGCGAUACAAAAAACUGGGCAAUCUUGCGCACGUGGAACGCAGCCCGGAGUAUCUAGUAGCAAACGCUGGAUUUCUAUACGACUUUCAGCUCAUUAACGUUGAAGAUUUCAACGGAGUGGGCGAAAGCGAACCCAGCGCUUAUUUCUAUCAGAAUCUUGCCGAAGCUGAAUACUGCGUGGCUGUAUUUAUGUACAUGCGACUCCUUGGUUAUCCAGCCGACAAGAUCAGUAUAUUGACCACUUAUAAUGGACAGAAACAUUUAAUCAGAGAUGUGAUAAAUAUAAGAUGCGCCAGCAAUCCUUUGAUCGGUCGACCGAAUAAAGUAACAACGGUCGACAAGUAUCAAGGUCAACAGAAUGAUUACAUAUUGCUGUCUCUCGUAAAGACACGCGCCGUGGGUCACUUACGGGAUGCGCGACGUUUGGUUGUGGCGAUGUCAAGAGCUCGACUGGGCCUUUACGUGUUUGCUAGGGUGUCCCUUUUUAAGAACUGUUUCGAAUUGACACCUGCAUUCGAUCAGCUAAUGCAGCGACCGUUGAAAUUGCAACUCCUCCCGCAAGAACGUUAUCCUACCGAUAGACUCAAUGAUGCUAUUCCGUCUGCUCCACCAAUGGAGAUCGAAGAUAUGCCUCAUAUGGCUAAGUUUGUAUAUGAUUAUUACAUGGAGAAAGUUAGCGGUAUGAAGGAGUCGCAAAAGAUGUGGCAGAAACCAGGUACGAUGCAGACACCCGGUAGCCCGACACACAAAGUUCCUGCUCAUCCUGGAGCAGAUGAUGAUACAGAUGACGAAGAACUGAAUCAAAUAGACGAUGAACACCAAGAUGCCAAAGACGAAAGUGUAGAUCAUAAGUUCGAGCUAAUACAAAAUUUAGUGGAUGAGCCAGUUUCAGAAAGUGAAGACAAUGAUCGUUAAUGGCCAAUUUAUAAUAGCAAUGAACAACUAUUUCUAUUGAAAAUAUAUCCCUUU